GGAAGGGGACGCACCGGGCCGGGCCGUGGCGCCCUGCCCCGGGGCUGUAGCCCUAAACCCCGACCCAGCCCGUGGUGCGUCCCCGCGGCAUGCCGCCCUCCGCGCUGUUUUGCGCGCUUUGCUGUGGGCUCCUAGCUGUGUCUGUGCGUGCCGGCUACUCCGCGGACCGCUGCAGUUGGAGGGGCAGCGGCCUGACCCAGGAACCAGGCAGCGUGGGGCAGCUAGCCCUGGCCUGUGCGGAGGGCGCCGUCGAGUGGCUGUACCCAGUUGGGGCACUGCGCCUGGCUCUGGGCGGCCCAGACCCCAGCACGCGGCCAGGAGUCGCCUGCCUGCGUCCCUCGCGGCCUUUCGCUGGCGCACAGGUCUUCGCGGAGCGCACAGGUGGCGCCCUGGAGCUGCUACUGGCCGAAGGCCCUGGCCUGGCUGGCGGGCGCUGCGUCCACUGGGGUCCCCGCGAGCGCCGGGCCCUCUUCCUACAGGCCACUCCGCACCGUGACAUCAGCCGCCGCGUGGCUGCCUUCCGCUUCGAGCUGCGCGAGGAUGGGCGUCCAGAGUUGCCGCCCCAGGUCCCCGGCCUUGGCGUGAAUGGUGCCUGCAGGCCUUGCAGUGAUGCCGAGCUUCUCCUGGCUGCAUGCACCAGUGAUUUUGUGAUCCAUGGGACCAUCCACCAGGUUGCUCAUGAUACAGAGCUGCAGGAAUCUGUCAUCACUGUGGUGGCCUCCCGUGUCCUCCGUCAGACGCUGCCACUGUUCCUGGUGGGGGGUGCUGAGGGCCAGAAGCAGGCCUCCAUUAGAACACUGCUGCGCUGUGGUGUCCGCCCUGGCCCAGGCACCUUCCUCUUUAUGGGCUGGAGCCGCUUUGGUGAGGCCUGGCUGGGCUGUGCUCCCCGCUUCCAGGAGUUCAGACGUGCCUAUGCAGCUGCCCAUGCUGCCCGCCUCAACCCCUGUGAGGUGGCAUUGGACUGAGCCUUCCUCUGGGGCAGGGUGCUGGGGAGGGGUUUCUGGGAGGGUCGGUGGGGAGACAGUGGCCCCCAGAUGGCAUCAUGAUGCUCAGUGCUUCUGAGGUGAUAAUAAGAACAUUAACCAUACCAGCCACUGUAGAAUUGGUUUCCUGUGGCAAGCCCAGCCCUGGACCUGUCUCAUGUCAUUUAAUCUUCCUUCUGCUUCUCCUGCCCACCUCUUCUUAGUGGUGGCCCUUGGCUUACUGACAGGCUGCUGUAGGCCUCCAUAGCAGGGUGCUUCUGGGGCUCAGAGCAGGAGUGGGAAAGCUGCCAGUUCCUAGUGCCUAAGUUGUUGGGGUCCCUUAGGUGGACUGCAAGGGCAGGUUGGCAGGCAUCAUUCUUGGCUCUGGACUAGGCCUGUGAGAGAAGGAGCUGGCAAGAUGCCAAUUCUCUCUGUAGUUGCUGUGAACUACAGUCAUCCUUGGCCUGGUCCUGCCCUUGGGAAAGAAUGGGCCCCUCUGUCCAGAGGCCCAUGCAACGUGCUGAGCAUCCAGACGCAGCAAGGAGCUUGCAGGGUGUGGGGUCUCCACUGCAGGAUCCUGUUUGUUGUCUGUUUCCGGCAGGCAGGGUGCACAAUAGGGUCUCUAAGGACUGUUUCCCGCCACUGGCCCCAUUGUUGCUGUCCCUGCCUUCCUCCUCAGCCUCUUCAUAAAGCAGUAAGAAGUUUCUGGAGAAAGCUGAGUCCUGAGGCUGACGGCCCCUGGGCAGAUCCGUCUCACCUCACCCUCUCAGCUCAAAGAAACCCUAGGCUGAGCCCCAGAAGUGGCUUUCCAUUCUUGCCUGUCUUCACUAGGGAAGGGGUCAAGGGUGGGGUGAAGGCCAGAGGCGCUGCUGAGGCUGAAGGAUCCCUCAUCUUUCAGGCAAGAAACAGGCUGGGAGAGGAUCAAGGCUGUUCAGGGCCCACAGAGCCUUGUUCCAGACUGAGCUGACAAAGGCACCCUGUGUGUGGACACUCAGUGGGUCACCCAGGAAUCCUCAUGGAACAGCCUUUUUCCCUCCAAUUUUUUUUUACUAGUACAGUUCACUGUACAUUAUGAUCAUAUUACUUGUGGGGAAUUGGUAUAAUCAUAUAACCCAAUUCUUUUAUCCCUUUCCUCUCCCCUCCCUCCAUGUCUUGGUCCCCAGGGACAGGCUGUUUUAAACUGCACAUGCAGAUGCUUUACUUAGAUCACUUGCUCACUGUGAUGCUGACAAGAAUGGUGGGCCCUGGGCUCAAUCCUCCCCCAAAAAAGUGUGGGUGAACAUGAAGCCUGGGGCUACCAAAGUGGCCUGGGUGCUGGGUGUGAUGACGCAUGGCUGUAAUCCUACCACUCCAGAGGCUGAAGCAGGAGGAUCACUGUGAAUUUGAGGCCAUCCU